AUGAAGGUCAUCACCUGUGAAAUAGCGUGGCAUAACAAGGAGCCCGUUUAUAGCUUGGACUUCCAGCACGGGACGGAUGGGAAGAUCAAUCGGCUCGCCUCGGCUGGCGUGGACACCGCUGUUCGUAUAUGGAAAGUGGAAAAAGGACCAGAUGGCAAAGCAAUUGUGGAAUUCCUGUCCAAUCUGGCCCGCCACACCAAGGCAGUAAACGUUGUGCGCUUCUCUCCCAGCGGGGAGAUCCUGGCCUCCGGGGGAGAUGAUGCUGUAAUUUUAUUGUGGAAGCUGAAUGAUAGCAAAGAACUGGAACCAUUAGUUUUUCAAGAUGAAGAUGAAGCUCAGCUUAACAAGGAGAACUGGACAGUUGUUAAAACUUUAAGAGGUCACUUAGAAGAUGUAUACGAUAUUUGUUGGACCUCAGAUGGAAAUUACAUGGCAUCRGCCUCUGUAGAUAACACUGCUAUAAUGUGGGAUGUCAAUAAAGGACAAAAGGUUUCAAUAUUAAAUGAACACAAGAGUUAUGUCCAAGGAAUAACCUGGGAUCCUCUGGGCCAGUACAUYGCAACCCUGAGUUGUGAUAGGGUCCUGCGUGUGUACAACUCGCAAACCAAACGCGUAGCGUUCAACGUCACCAAGAUGCCUUCUGGGGCAGGAGUUGAAGGAGAGGCCAGGAGCUAUCGGAUGUUUCAUGACGACAGCAUGAAGUCAUUUUUCCGCAGACUGAGUUUUACUCCUGAUGGCUCCUCCUUGCUCGCCCCAGCUGGCUGUGUUGAAUCAGGAGAAAAUGUGACAAACACCACAUAUGUUUUCUCCAGAAACAAUCUCAAAAGGCCCAUGGGUCACCUGCCCUGCCCAGGAAAGGCAACUCUUGCUGUUCGGUGCUGCCCUGUGUACUUUGAGUUGAGACGUGCCCUUAAUAAAGAUGAAAUCAGUCAGAAAUCAGCCCCUGCUCUAUUUAACCUACCCUAUCGAUUGGUGUUUGCUGUUGCUUCAGAAGAUUCUGUGCUUUUUUAUGAUACCCAGCAGCCGUUUCCGUUUGGUUAUGUUUCAAACAUACAUUACCACACCCUGAGUGACAUUUCAUGGUCCAGCGAUGGAGCCUUCCUUGCUAUUUCUUCCACGGAUGGAUACUGUUCAUUUGUUACCUUCGAGAAGGAUGAACUGGGAAUACCACUGAAGGAGAAGCCGCAGCUGAGUGUCAGGACCUCCAGCACAACAGAGAAGAAAGUAAAGAAGAGCCAGUCACACAAAGCCAUUUCCCCAGGCUCCAGGCUGACAGAGGGGACUGCUCCUGGCAGGACCACUGAUGCCAGCACUCCCACUCUCCAAACUAGAACACCCACAGCUGCCAGUAAGGACUUGCCUUCCACACCUGUUGGCAUAAAAAACGUUCCAGCUUCAUCCUCAGACGAGAGGAAAAGCAGCCAGCCAGGCAGCCAGAGUACUAAAGGAAACCAGCCCAGGAGGAUUACUCUCAACACUUUACAAGCGUGGAGCAAGACGCCAAGGAGAAUAAACUUGAUUCCAGUGAAGACAGAUACUCCAGCCUCGAAACACACAGAUAUCGUUUCAAUACCUCCGUCCUUGGAACAGGAACAUGAGAGGCCUUUGCCAUCUGAUGACAUUCUUCCCCCCGCAUCUAAACGCCCUAGAACUGAAGAAAUGCCUCUUUCUUCAUCUCCGGAAGAUCAAAUGUGCUGCGACUCAAACAAAAGCUAAACUUCUAGUAAACUCUUUACAAUUUGAAGGCACAGCAGCCAUAUGUGAGAAUGCAUUUCUUCUUGCAAAUGUUAAAUCYUCAAUUCCUGAUGGAAGUACCAUGCGCAUAUUUGACAGAGAGCUGAGAAGUAAGAAGCUAGCAGUGGAAGACAAAGGCUUCAGGAAUGGAGCUUUGCAGAUGAGAAGACAGUCAGAAAGUGACUUUAAGGGCAGCUCUACUUUUUGAAGACGGCAUUGUUUUUCAAGAAAUGCCACAGUUUGAGGAAAUAGGAGGAUCCUGGGCAUUGAAAAGGUCCACAGUAACAGAAGCAUCUCCAUCAAAGUCACUAAAUUAGUAUUUUUAAACAUUAUGUCUUCCUGGAGCCUGUCUGGCAAAAGAUUAGAUUUUUUCCUAAAGACUUGAAUGCGUUCAUAAUGAUUUCUUGUGGUUUAAGACCAAAAAAAAAYAAAAACAAAAACUUUCUUUCUGGCAGCUUGGCUUGUACAUUUAGCAAUGUGCAAAAUUAUUCAUGCCCUCCAGUACAUGUGGAGUGAAAGCUGAUGUUCACAUGCUCUGAACGCAGCAGAUGCACUAUCACUAUUAUGASUGAAAUAGAAAUCAAAGCAUAACUGCAAGAAAUAGGGAAGCAAAAUGGAGAGACACCUUUGAAGACUUUUUACAAGUAUUAAGCAGUGGAAAACAACUCUUAAUUGUUCAGUCUCCUUUAAAGAAAAAGCAGACMUGAAUUAUUUUUGAGGCAGCAAAAGCUGACUGUGUACAUGUGAAAUACUGAUUUUCUUUUGUCCGAAUCUAAUUYCCUUAGUCAAUAAAAUAUAAUACAAAACCAAUGUAUUUUACACUUUUAGGAGGUCAUAUGUUUUAUUGUUUAAUGUUUCCUAUGUAAUUAAACUGAAUCUUGCAGCUUGAAAACAACGUGACCAAAAUGUUUGAAAACUCCAUUUAACUUUUUAUGGUACGUGGGCUGUGUGUGACUCCAAAAGUCACAGUCAAAAGUGGAGUGUGUAGCCAUAGUGUUCUGAAAUUGUUCAAUUCUUUUUUUUUUCUACCAUCAUGUACUUAUUUUUCAAACAUUAGGGUGGCUGUUGAAAGAUAAAUAGUUGAUCUUUUUACUGAUGGCAUGAAUAAGUUUUAAAUGGCAUUUUCUGUUGUGAUGAAGCAUACACCUCCCUCGUACAUUUCCAUCCAUUUCCAAUUUGAAGUUGUAAAGUAUGCAGGAGAGAAAAGUUGCAGUUCACUAUCUUCCGUUCUUCUAUACACCUGGUUAUUUUAAAUAUGUGCAGCUUUAUUAUUUUUCUGACAGUUUCUAAGAAUUUGGGUUGAUACUUUAGAAAAAGGGAAAUAAAAACGUUUAGGGUAAAAAUUGUAAAAAAAUUUCACAAGGACAAGUAUUAACAAUUAGCUGUGUUAGAAACACAGUAUCAAAUUUGAGCAAAAAAUAAAGAAUUAUAGGAAACUAAUAACAUCUUUCUU